CAGUCUGCCCAGCAGUCGCACAACUCCCACUCUCACGGUCACCACGGGCGCAGUCGUCGAGGUCCGAGAAUCUCAUCCCAGAAUGCCCAUCGGCAAUACAAGGCUCAACGGAGUCCUAAAGAGGAGGUGCCUGCGCCGCAGACACACAUCGACUACAUGAGGACAUUAGAAGCUGCUAUAGGCUUCGACUUCGAUGACGACGAGGUCUUCUGCCCUUUCAACCUCUUGACCGAGGAAGAUCUCACUUCCAUAGCGUCAUCAGGCUCUGACAGAGGUUCUCUCUCGUCUGGCUCACCCGAAGCCUCGCCUUUACAGCAGCAGGUACAGCCUACUCCAUCAGCCCUCCUCUCCUCCGUCCCGCAUGCAUACCAGUCUGCGAACUAUCAGCAAACCCACACCAAGCUGCACCAGCCAAUGGCCCAGCGGACUCGUAAUGCGAUUCCGAUUGUGGACCCAUCGACCCGCUCGGUGGCUAGCCCUCCAAUGUCUGUCUCGCCAGGCCGACAGAUGCAGCAGCAGUACGUUCGCCGCCAGUGGUAA